UGUGGACCCUAUUGAUCGCUAACUCCGGCGGUAUUUUGCCAGCCAGCCUACGUAGAUAGAUCAUGCAGUCCAUGAUCAUCAUCCGCAGUACACAGUAGUGACCCUGUUCCAUUCAUUCUCCAUGAUCACCAUGGUCGAGGUCUAGCUCUGCAUAUCCAUAGCAAUCAGGAGGAUAUGAUCGAUAUCCCACCGACAUACGUCGGCGUCAUCGUCUCGGUCGCCGGGAACAUCGUCAUCUCGCUGGCCCUGAACGUACAAAAAUAUGCUCAUGCCAGGCUCGAACGGGAAGCCGAAUCCCCACGAUCGACCUCUCCUGCGAACGGACGCCCACCGCCCACAGGCGCCAUCUCUUUGGACGAUAGCGAUGUACAACAAGCUCAGUUCAUCCCUCGGGUAGAGGUUGAGCCGCCAACCCCUUCUACGGAUACGGGAAGAUUUACCGACUUGCAGUUGCAAAAGAAACAUACCGUACUCGUACCCGCUUCGAGGGUGUCUUCCCGUCAUUCAUACAGCCAUUCUGUUGCCCAGACCAUCCGGGAAGAAGACAAUUCGGAAGAUGGGAACGAGGAAAAGGGAGGAGAAAAGCAGACGUACCUAAGGUCGAAGUUGUGGUGGUUAGGAUUACUCUUGAUGGCCGUAGGAGAGUCUGCGAAUUUCAUCUCGUAUGGUCUGGCUGCUGCUUCGGUGGUAGCUCCGUUGGGAACCGUCGCCUUGAUAGCGAAUUGCUUCAUCUCCCCCUUGAUGCUCGGAGAACGGUUCGGCUACCGAGAUGCGGCUGGGGUCGUCCUAGCGUCUCUGGGGGCGGUGACGGUGGUCUUGUCGGCCAAACAACAGGAUCGCGAAUUUGAUCCGGAUGCGUUGGUCUUGGCGCUCAGGCAACCGCCGUUCAUCGGAUAUUGUAUUACCGUGGUCGUCAUCCUCACUGCCCUGCUGGUUCUGACGCACUCGAGCCGGUAUGGCGAGAAAUGGGUGGUUAUCGAUGUCCUCAUUUGCUCGUUAUUCGGCGGGUUCACGGUCUUAUCGACAAAAGCUCUUUCUUCCCUCUUAUCCAGCAUCUAUUUUCAGGCGUUUACGCUCCCGCUGAGUUGGUGUUUGGUAGCGGUUUUGGUAGGGACUAGUCUGUGUCAGAUCAAGUAUCUGAACAAGGCGUUGCAGACGUUUGAGAGCCGGGAAGUCAUUCCGACUCAAUUCGUCUUCUUCUCCAUUAGUGCUAUCGUCGGUUCGGCGGUACUGUACCAGGAAUUCAGGGACCUCACUGCAAGCCGAUUCGCCAAUUUCCUCUUUGGUGUGGCAACCACAUUCGUGGGAGUUUUCCUCCUGACCUACAAGCAGACGCAAGAAGAGCAUGAUGCCAACUCUCAACACGGCUCGAGCGCGGUCGAGACGCCCGGCCUGAGAAGGCUGGAUUCUUUACGAGAAGAAGAACCGUUACUGGUCCCUUCGUCACAAGCCGUACCCACAUACACGGCCCCAACGGCAAUAAGAAGACAGACACUGAGGAAACGAGGAUCUACGACCUCGUUACACCGACAUGGGCUGGUCGGAGGGGGUUACCUGUUGAUCGGGAGUUCCCCACCGGUCAGUGUGCCUCUGGCGAGAAGUUUCGACGGAGGGAGGGGGAGAAGUUCCAGUCGGUCCAGUACGGGUAAUAAGAGGAACCCGUUUGUAGACCGGUCGAAUGUAUGAUUUAUCGAUGGAAGGCAACUAGGGGUUUGCUUAUCGCACGAGUUGUGCUUCGUACUCAUGACCCUGCUACUCACUGCCCAUGGGCUAGAUUGAACC